CCCGCGUACCUUAAGUGAUCCCCGCGUUUUAUAAAGUAUCCUAGCAAACUAGCCUAAUGCUCCAAGUCGGAUUUAAAAAAGUAAGGCUAGCUUGUGAUGUACUCUUCAAAAUUAGAUACAUUCAUUGUCCGAUUAGAGUGCCUGCCUUCCAAAGCAUAGCCUGCAAGCUACAAAGUCUUCAAGUUACCCACGGUAACCUUUCCCGUCUCCUCCUCCUAGCAACCACCAGCACCAACCAACUCGCGAGCGAAGACAAUAACAAAAGCUCUAGCUUGCUAGUAGAACUAGAGGGCUAGCGUUAGUCAAACAGCUUGCCGUUUAGCUGAUAAACAAGCAAGGCACCAUCAACUUUUCACGCCCAACUAAUUAGUGAAUCAAAAGGAGCCCACAACCAUGUCAUUGUGGGCUGAGACUCCUUUUGCAGAGCUCGGAAACAUCCAUCUGAAAGAGGACAGUGUGUGCGGGGCCCCAAACUCGCUGGACAUGCUGAAGAAUGACUUUGAUUUAAAUAAGUCCUAUCCCUCUGCCCAGCGUGCUUUUCACAGGAAAGGUCAGCAGUCUCUGCAACACUGGCAUUACCCUGGGUCAUUGACGGGCGGGUAUGUGAACUCUGGUAGUUCUGUCGCAACGAGAGACAUCCAGAUGUCCUGUCUGCAUGGCUCCCAGUCCCGCACACGGCCUGGCUCCCUGCCUGGCUCCCUGCCUCCCCUGUCAGCUCUGUCAGACACAGACACCUUGCUCAGCAAGCUCACCUGUGGAGCCCCUGCUGCCCACAACCCCAACAAGGCAGUUCUCACUGUGCACCUCAGGACAGAAGAGAUAACAGCUGCCAAUACGCUGGCUUGCCAGCUGUUUGAUUGCUGCAGCAGUGAGUUGAUUGGGCAAAAGCUGUCCUAUGUCCUGAAGAAAACCAAUCAGAUCCUGGAAGAAGCUUUAAAUGAAGAGUACCUACAAGCAGACGGACAUAUUGCCGUCGUAACCGGAAAAGUGAUGGAUGCGGUGAGUCUGUGUGGUGCUGAGGUGCCCGUGUCAGUGUGGACCCUGAUGCCCUCAGGGGAGGGAGGGCAGCACUGCCAGGUCUUGAUGGAGCGGGUUCAGAGGAUCGCAGCCCAAGUCUCUUUCUCGCAGGAAGGCAGCAUCCUCGGCUGUGACCAGGCGUUUGCCCAUCUCCAUGGUUACCACCAGGCCGGGGAGUUGACGGGCCUGUCCAUUAGUGAUCUGAUGCCCUCUCUGCGGAUGCCCCUCCACAGCCAAGCUCUGCCCAAGACGCUGCGGCUCCAGAGAGUGCGCGGUAGAAGCAGGGGGGGCACCUCCUUCCCCCUGUGCAUCAAGCUCCAGGGGGCCGUGGUGUGUAGGCGAGCCCAGCCUCAGGGCCUCGGGUCCGGCCGUGCCGAGCUGACCUGGAGCCCCGGAGGAGCGGCCGGCCAGGAGAGCCCGCCGGGGCCUCCUCUCACCUCCCCGGGGUGUCGAGCGCCCGAGCCCUCCCAGUCUGAGCUCUAUGAACAGACACAGUCACAGGACACGUCCUCUGUAGGGCUAGCGGACAGCGUCCUCCUCUCCCCAAGCUCUGCCCUGAUUUAUUCGGGGACGGUGUGGGUGUUUGCUCCUCUCAGCGGCCUCCUCACCCUGCACCCCGACGGCUCCCUCCUCAGCAUCCACAACCUGCUGGCUCUCAACCUGUUUGGCUACAGCAGGGCCGAGCUCACGGGCAAGACUGUCACCUUCCUGAUGCCUGGCUUCUAUGACUGGAUGUGCAGCUUGGAGAGGAAAGACAGGCCCCUCCCCCUCGCCCGUUCCCCAGGAGACGGGCUGCUCCUGACACGCUCCACUCAUCCCUCCAGCUGGGACACGGACCGCUGUAGAUCCUCUGGUAGCCCUAACCCUGGCACUAGCUGCAUGGUGCCCCAGUCCUGUCAGUCUGCUCUUUCUGGCAGACACAAGCCCCAGGACAGGAAAGACCCCUCGUCCCUGCUGGCUGGGGACAUGGCCAUGGUCCUGCAGGCCUGGCAGACCCCAGGCUCCUCUGCCAGGGGCAGGAUCUUCACAGGGACCAGCGCCAGGCUGGAGCAGCAGGGCAGCGCUCCCUCCACCCUGCACCCACCCGCAGUCACGUCCACCCCCACGGUCAGUUUGGAGGACACUUUGGAGCUGACAGGGGAGGUAGGAGACAGCACCGAUGUCCUCCUGCAGACCUUCGCCCUGGUGGAGGGACUCACCAUCUGCCUCCCUUCCCCGACCCAGCCUUCCAACCCCGGACUGCAGCCCUGCGACACCGACGGGACACACUGUCAACAGGCUCUCAAUGGAGCCCCUCAUCCAGGUCCCCUGGAUGCCUGUGGUCCUGCCAGGCCAGGGUGCUCCAACCUCCCAGAGAAGGAGGACCAGCGGACGGACCUCUCCGUCCUGCAGGACUCCAGCUUUGAAGUCAUCUCCAUGGGGAGCAGGUCCUCCUCUGGGUUCUGUGAGAAGUGGGCGGGUCAGGGCGGGUCGGGACCCGACCGCCUAGAGGAAUCAGCAGUGGUGUUGGAGUCUGCCAGCAGUUACGUGGACCUGAACUCCAACGAGGACCAGGUGACCCGGGCCAUGGCUGACCUGGACCUCAGCGGCAGCACGGAGCUCCCCCCGGGGGAGGAGCCCGCUGACCUGUCCCACACCUCCUGCGACACGGCCGAGCUCCUGCGCACCCCUUCUCCGUACGUGGUAGAGUCCGACCAGGAAGCGCAGUCUCCCAGUAAGAAGGGUGCUGAGGUCAGGAACAGUCCAUCGCUGGAGCGGGAGGGGGGGAGGAGUGAGAAUCAUCAGGCGUCGGAGCCGAAUCAGUGGGGAGCUUUCACUGAGAUGAACCAGGCUCAGACCCAGGAGUUCACAAGUCAGAUGAAUCUGGGGAUGCAGUCAGACAUGGAUGCUCCUAGCACCUCCACCCCCAAGAAGCCCCAGCUGAAUGGACACACCGACUCCCCAGCCCCCAAGCAGCCCAUCCGGGAGGGCAGAUACCAUGGCAACGGCUACCACAGGGAUGGCUCCAGAAUAGAGAUGCAGUGUGAGGUGUGCAGGGCAGAGCUGCCUGAGGGACGCUCGGUCUUCUGUGUGUGGCUGAGCCACCAGGAGGCGCUGUUGCAGAUGGAGCCCUCCAACAUGGCCUCCCAGCCCGACUCCUCAGCUCUGAGCCUGGGGGAGCCGACGUGUGACACGAGUCGCGGGGACGCCUUGCGCUCCACGGUGGACCUGGAGCAGUCGCGGGCCUGCAACGGCCAGUUUGACGAGGAGUACCACCCCAUCCGAGCGGUGGGCAAAGGGGCCUUUGGGUUUGUGUGGCAGGCCUGCAGGCGCUCAGACGGACAGGAGGUGGUGGUGAAGUUCAUCCGGAAGGCCAGGGUUGUGAGUGAAUGCUGGGUGGAUGACCCCAUGCUGGGACGAGUCAGCCAGGAGAUAGCCAUCCUAACACGUCUGCAACACCCCAACAUCGUCAAGGUGCUGGAGGUGUUUGAGAACGAGGGCUUCUUCCAGAUGGUGAUGGAGAAGCAUGGCGAGGGCCUCGACCUGUUUGAGUUCAUCGACAAGCAGCCCAGACUGGACGAAGCCCUAGCCAGCUACAUCUUCAGACAGUUGGUGGCAGCUGUGGCCUACCUGAGGAACAAAGCCAUCCUGCACCGUGACAUCAAGGAUGAGAACAUCAUCAUCGACACCUGCUUCCACGUCAGGCUCAUAGACUUUGGCUCUGCCGCCAUGCUGAGUCCCGGGAAACUCUUCUCCACCUUCUGUGGUACCCUGGAGUACUGCUCCCCCGAGGUGUUGCAGGGGAACCCCUACGAGGGGCCAGAGUUGGAGAUGUGGUCUCUGGGGGUGCUGCUGUACACGCUGCUGUUCAGUGAGAACCCCUUCUGUGGCAUGGAGGAGAUCCAGGAGGCCCACCUCAGACCCCCCUUCCCCCUCUCACCAGAACUGCAUGGUGUCCUGUCAGGCCUGCUGCAUCCAGCGCCCGACCAGAGGAUGAGCCUGGCCCAGCUGCUGCUCCAGCCCUGGGUCCGCCAGCCUAUCUCCCUGGCCGAGUACAGCUGGAGCGAGGUGGUGCCGGGGGCCCACAGCCAGGUGUCUCUACAGCAGCACAUGCUCAGUCCUGGAGGAUUCCUCGGGGACGGUUUGUACCCGGACGUAGGGGAUGACUCACUCCCCGAUGAGGAGGAGGAAGAUGAGGAGGAGAAGGCGUCCAUGUUUGCCUUAGAAACGGAGCUCAUGAAGUACCUCUCUGACGACUGAGAAACUGAACUACAGUGGUGGCUUCAAAGUCUUGGAAACCAAAAGGAAUGAUAGAUUUUCACCAACAAAAUCAAAUAGCGUACUGGUAAUAUGAGUACAAAUAUUUGGCAGGACAAUAUUGAGUCAGUAAAUGCUACCAAAGAGAAGACAAACAAAAAAAGUUACAUGAAGGAUUGGAUAACUACAGUAGAUUCAUUUGUAUGUAUGUUUAAAAAUGUUAUAAUGUCAUUAGAAUCAUACAUAUUAUGGUUUAAAACAUCUAAAAUGCCAAGUAAAAAUGGUAAAAGAAGCUUCAUAUAGGGACCAUGCGGAAAUAAAACUGGGUUAUUAUGCUUAAAAGUGAACUAAAACCUGAAUGACUUGUUACUGAAUAAGAUCUUCCUGGUGCUUUCACGCCUUUUAUUAGAAUUACGUUGAUACAAAAGCUAAUGUAAUGGCUUUAGUUUGGUUUUUAUCACAUUGUAAAUAUGUUUGCAAUAUUUUAAUAUGUAUUUAAUUCACCCGAAUAAAUGCUUUUAU